AUGUCUCAGCGCGAUGUUGCGCAGAUGCCUUGGGACCCCAAGCCUGCUCCUCCUCCACCUCAACAACCGCCUCAGCAGCAGCAACAACAACAACAACAACAAGCACAACAAUCUGCUACAGCAUCCCUGCCUAUGCAAAAUGGUACCUCUGUACAGCACCAAACUCCUCAAAAUGGACAUCCUCAGCCCAAAACGGAGCCUGGUUCGAACUCUCAGCCCAUGCACAGCUACCCUCAAGCCCAACAAGGCUAUCCUCAACCAGUGAAUAACCAGAUGAUGGCUCAGCAACGUGCAGCGUCCUUGGUCCAGCAGCAGUUUGGUCAGCAAGCCAACGCAUCACUGAACGCUAUGCAGCAGAGGGGUAUUGCACUUCCUGGAGGGGCUCAAAACGCUCAUCCUCAACAACAGCCACAGCAACAACAGCUACCUCAACAGCAGCAGCAGCAAAGACCUCAAGGCCUGCCGCAGCCUGUGCAAGGCGGGCAAGUAGGCGGUCAGCCAGGACAAGCUCAACAGCAACAACAACGUCAGAUGCAAGCGCAAUAUGCACAACAAAUGCGUCAACAGACGGCACACCAACAACCCCAGGUGAAGACCGAAGGCAAUGGGCAGUACCCUCAGCAACACGGAGUCAACUAUACUCAAACGGAUGGUUCUGACGAAGCCGCACUUGACGCAUGGAACCGAUACAUAAGCGAGAGGCGCAAACUUAGUUCAGCCCAGGUGAACAACAACGAUCGCAUCAUGAGACGUCAGAUCGAGGAUCUCCAGCACAGAUUCGAGAAUGGACUGUUGCUUCCUCUUGACGAUCGCAAGGAACAUACACGUUACAGGAAGCGAGUAUCUGGACGCAGAGUAAGCGCUAAUGCCGGUUCGCGCUUGGCUAGCAUUCCUCAACUGGAUGGUGAACUCGAAGAAGAGGACGAAGAUGCCAUCAACUCGGAUCUGGAUUCAUCAAGUGACGAAGCUGGCAAUAAUGCCGAUGAAGAAGACGAGGAGAUUGACCAUGUCCUUUGCACAUACGACAAGGUGCAGCGUGUCAAGAACAAGUGGAAGUGUACUCUCAAGGACGGCGUCAUGUCGGCCAAUGGCAAAGAGUACCUUUUCCACAAAGCUCAAGGAGAGUUUGAGUGGUGA